GCCGAAUCGCUGCUGAAAGAGCAGAUCCACACAGAGGUCCCUGCAGAGCUGUGGAACAACAUCGCCACAUUACAAACUGCGAACGGAAAAUUGGAGGAAGCAUAUGAGAACUACCAGAAGGCUAUGACCGAGUAUGGCAAGAAGCAGGAGUCAGCUGACAUGGACGAG